AUGCAGAUCGAAGGUGUGUCGUCCAGAGGGGUGGAUGAGAAAGAGGUUCGCAAGCAGAUUCUACCGAUGACAACGGAUUACCGGACCUGUGAAGAUGAAAAGUAUACCCCGAUGGGAUUCUCAUUAUCCGAUAUCAAGGCUUUGGGCGAUUUUCCGGAUUACGCAGAGCUCAGUGGCGUGCCUCUGCCCCAGGCAUACUCGGAAUUCGACAUCGAUAAAGCCCUACCAAGACCGUAUCGUCCGUUCAGGUGGGCUUAUCAUCAGACCAUGUCACUCACAAAACUGGAAACAGACUGGUGGAUCGAGCUCGAGAAUACCUACAAGAAGCGCAUCACCCAGCGAAAGGAAUUGUACGCGAAACACGGAAGUUCUGUCUUAGCAGCUCUCCCUGGCUCCGAGCUAGCAUGCAAAGAACUCAUGGAAAUGGUUUUGCAAUUUGUCUGCGCUCGCUAUCCCCAAUACUUCUCCCUGUCGGACAAGCGCAUCCUUCAUAACAAAAUCCUGGGCACAGCGCAAGACGUCCGAUCCAAACACCCCUUGGAGAUCUUACUCGACAACAUCCCCGAAGACUUCGGCAUCAUGUUGCGGGACGACCAGACGGGCAAUUACUUUCUGCGUGCGGGAUUGAUCUGCUCUGCGUUGGGCUGGAACGUGGGCACCAAGAUUGGUCUUCAGCUUCAUGAAAUCCACGAGCCAAUCCCUGAUUAUAAAGAGAAAAUGCAAUUUUCUAUGGAUCGAUUUUUCACGAAAAUGCCCUCCGACAAGCCGAUCCAAAGAGGCUCCUGGGGCCUGGAAGUAGGACAACCGUUAUACAUGCCUAAAGACGACCCUCACGAGGCGCUGCGGCUGUCCCAAGACCCGAACCUCCGCCUCGAAGACUGUCAUCUGCGCGUCGACUGGCAGACUCUUCGACGUCUUCCCCUCUCGGGGGCUGUGGUCUUCAACUUCAAGGCGCUCUUCACGCCUGUUACGGAGUUUCGUGACGAGCCGCGCGUACCAGCGCUGCUGGCGGAGAUAUUGAAGAAUGGCAAGAGACAUUUGUUGGAAUAUAAGAGUACAUGGCACGUGGAGCAUGUCGUUUUACCGAAGUUGGAAGAGUGGGCGAGGGAGCAAGAGGAGUAUGGGCUGGUGGCGAAGGGCUGCGAGGUGGCUACUUUGGAAGAUAGUCCGUGGUUUAAGGGCUGGCAGGAAAAAUGGCACCGACAGCAAGGGUUCUGA